AUGUGUUCUUGGGAAUCUGCAGCUCUUAUUUAUAAGAGAGGUUGUGUGGUUAUCUUUGAAGGACGCCCAAAAAGUAGUAAUAUGCGAGGUUUCCAAUUAAAAAUAGUUAAAUCAAUUGUGAAGAAUUACCUCGACAACAGCUCAAUUCAUGGUCUUCGGUAUCUGGCUGAGAAAGAUCGCAUGGUAUGGGAAAGGUUGUUUUGGCUUACUGCAGUAAUUGCGUCGUGUUAUGGCACUCUUCUACUCACCAAAUCAUCGUACGAUGCGUACAAUGAUCAUCCGAUCAGUUUCGCGACAGAAACCGAUUAUUUAUAUUGGAAUACAAAUUUUCCUGCAGUGUCUGUGUGCGAAAGGGAUAACCCCAAUAUGAUCGUUGUAGAAGAAUACGUGAAAAAAGCGUAUCCUGACAAGAUAGAAGACUACGAUUUCCAUGGUUUGGUUUACAGCAUUGUCUAUUCCACAGGCAACUGCGAAGAAUGCAAAGUAUACUGUCGUGAACAACCAGAUGCUUGCCGCCUGAAUUUUAAGAAAAUGAUGUUUGACAUUCGUUUGCCUUGUGAGCAACUUCUAAAAGACUGUAGAUGGAACAAGGAAAGUUUUAACUGCUGCUCUAAAUUUAUUCCAAUAGAAAGUGAGAGAGGACUGUGUUUAGCUGCUAAUACAAUACACACAGUGAAUAGAGCACCUCUGAUGAUUUCAAAUAAAGAUACUGGCCCUGGAGUACUGGAAUUUAAAGUGACACGUUUUUCAGAG